GCACACAAACAAACAGAAAUCCAUUGCCUGCUUUAGUCUCGGAGCAAUUGUUUUCUCUGCACCCCUCUUCUCCAACAGAGAUACAGAGAGACCCCCAAACGCUAACGGAUUUUCGCAGACAAACAAGUCUUUUACUUACAUACACACCUUCUCUGCACCUCUUGUUUUUUGUUGCUGGUUUCGUGCUUCUCAUCUUCGUCGUUUUCACACACACACACGCACACCACCUUCUAGCUCCUCCCUCUCUUGUAUUCGUCGUUGGUUGAUUAUCUGGCAUUUUUCUUUCUUUUCUUUUACUCCCACAAAGAUGUUGCACGAAAACGGAAACUCUGUCCCUCAAGGACAGCCGCCGCAUCAGCAGCAGCAGCAGCAGCAGCAGGAUGUGAGGAGCGGGAGCGAGAGCUACACCGGCAGCUCCGGCUCCUACACGGAAACCGCAAGCCAGCACCACCCACCGCAGCCGCAACAGCCAGAAGCCACCGUGCCGCGGUCCGCGUCAAGGGCACACCGAAAUGAUCACUCCCGCGUGGUGCAGCCCACCUCCAGCCCCUCGCCUCAGCGCCAACCACCGGCGGAGCAGUUCAACGAAGGAGGGGAGGACCAGGACAGGGACAAGAAAAGCCGCAGCAAGCAGGGAAAGGGCAAAGCGCGGCACAUGGUGAACGCCGCACUGAGCGCACCAGCCGCCCGCAUGCGCGCUGUCUCCGCCAGUCUUGCCGGCCGCGACAGCCAACGGGUCACCAUCUACGUCUUUUUCGCCGUCGCCCUCAUCCACUUGCUCUUUGUGAUCUUGUCCUGCACCCUUUCUCAGAUCGACAUCGAAGGCGGUGGCUGCUUAACCUUCUGGGGCUACAAGCAGAACUGCGACAGUGUGAGCUAUACCAUCCGCACGGAACUGCUGCGCAACUGCGGAAAGCUCCGCUCUUCGCUACGGGCCGGUGCGGCCUUUUCAAUUCUGUCGAUUCUCACCUCGACGGCUACGGUGGUCGUGGCUUGGCUGAUGUGCAACCGUCUUCGCCACGCGGACAACUCCACACGCCGUCAGAGUCGAUACCGUGACGUGGACGCAGGAACGCUCGGCACCAACGCCAGACAGGAGGAAGGCAAUCACAGCAGCAGCAACAACAAUCCGGAGCCGACCUUUAACCCAGGUCAUCUAAAGCUGGCAACCAUCAUCAUCGUCGCAAUCAGCCUGGUGUUGGAGCUGAUCGCUUGGGCGGUUAUUGCCGGUGUCGGACCGCAGAACCACUGUGAUGCGUCGUACUACAUCUCGAAUGCCGGCACCUACGGCGUUGGAUUUGGUCUUGGUCUCACCGCGUGGAUUAUGGAGAUCAUUGUUUAUGUGGUGUACAUCGUGGUGGUGUAA